AUGGUCACCAAUUCUAACCCCAGCAAAUUAGUGGCCGACUACAUGCGGGUCCAGAUGGAGGAAAGAGGUGCUGAUCAGGGCCACAAUGAGCCAUUCGAUUUCGAUCCCAUCACGAUGAAGGGCUACAGAUACCUCUUCUGGCCUAGACCCAGACAUGAUCUGCUCCUUACAGGAGAAAAUGUCAAACUUGAGGAUGGGGCCAUAACCAUCAAGGAAAUAUGGGACAUGACAUUCGAUGACAGCUUGCUCAAAACAACUCAAGGUGCCUCCUCAAAACUUAAAAAUGUAUGCCUCUCGUUUGCUCUGUCUUAUUUGCUGCGAAGGCGCUUCUUCGGGAUGGAUUGUGCUGAAGCCGGAUUUCCAGAGACCCGCAAGUUUGUACUUAUGGGUUUGCUUGCCGAAGAAGAUCAAGCCAACCAUUACUCCAAAGGAUUUCAAAUUAUCGAGGUAGAACUGGGUUUCCUCUACGACUUCUUCUUCACAAAGUAUGCAACUCUCUCUGAGAGCGAGUUUUCCUUCCUGAUUAUGGCUCUUCUCAAAUUAAUCCUCACAUGUUCCUAUGGACUAGUAAUGCUCCGAUAUUUCCCCACUAUAAAGAUACUUGACCCUAUAAUCGAGGUUGGCACAAGAAGGGUUGAUGUUAUCAUCACAGUCCUGAUUAUGGCAGCCCUCCUUCUAUUUGAAGCACUUCAACUUAUACUAUAUUUGACAUCAGACUGGGCCACCGUUUCACUAGUUUGGAAAUAUACCAAAGGAGAUAAGUACAGUCGCAUCCUUUCCAUCUUCCAACUUAUACUAUAUUUGACAUCUGCCAAGAUCAACUGGUCUGGAUAUUGGCAAAAUAAGAUGGGCCAGUCAUCUCUGAUUGAAUGUUGCUUCCGUGCCCAACCGUUUUAUAUGAAAGCUUUGAAAUUUACCACAGUUGUUCUUCCAGAUUUCUACAUGACAAUGCCAUCUCUUCAAUCUUGGGUAUUUUCAAAGAAGAAAUUCCAAGAGGUUCCUGCUUUGGUCUGGAACGAGAUAGUUUCCUGCUUGCGGAAGCAGAGCAGCGGUGGUCCUCUAACUAAUGGAGAAGCAGCAUUGCAUCUCAAUGAUGAUGUCCAUGGAGAAUUCUCCCAGACUCUAAGGAAUAGCCAGACAGUGGUCAUGCUCCUUUGGCACAUCGCAACAGAGUACUGCAGCAUGGCAUCUUCCCAUGAUCAGGAGGCAGAUAUCGAGAGUGGUCCACUGCCAGACCUGAAAAUGCAGAUAGAGAACUACAAGCAAGUUGCCGUCACCUUAUCCCGAUAUUGUGCCUACUUGAUAUCCUUUGUUCCAGAACUGCUUCCUGGGAACUCUGCAGAUAUAUUUUAUGUCUUCAACGACAUGCUAUUGGAAGGGCGUCGUGUGCUGCCUCAAGGCAAGCCGAGCAGGGAUGAAUUGCUCAAGGUCAUCACCGACUCUGAGAGCAGCAGCAGCAGCGGUGGCAGCAACGGCAACGGCGACGACAACACCACCACCAACAACAACAACAAUGAAGAUAGCAUCUUCAUCAAGGGCUUGAAGCUAGGGAGGGAUCUGGAGAAGAAAGAUGUUCUCGGUCGCUGGAAGCUGAUGGCAGAAUUCUGGGCCGAGACCAUCGUCUACAUUGCGCCAUCGGACAAUGUUGCGGCGCACAUGGAACGCCUUGCGCAAGGAGGUGAAUUCCUUACUCAUAUCUGGGCUCUCCUCACACACGCGGGGAUCCUCAAACGUGACUAGUAGCAAACCCCAGAAGAUCUUGUGUACGUGCUCUGUGUGCUUAGUUUCUGCACUUGUAUGUUCUCCUUGUUGUCGUAUCACUGUGCCAACAAGUGUGUUCAUUUUGAUCCGGUUUUACCUGUCGUAUGUUUGUAUCAAUCAGUUGUGAUAUGUCUGUCCAUCUGUAAUGAAUGUGUGCUUAUCUGAAAGACUUUAUUGUUCAGUGAAGUUGGUUAUUAGAAAUUCAGCCUGUUU